UUCACCUCCGGGUCCACCUUGAGCAGCGAAGCCAUGAGAGCUGCGCGCGCGUCCGAGCGUCACUCUGUGGCGCAAGACCACGCUACUACCUGCCUCAAGCGCCGGGGUCGCCGCCACCGGAACUGACCUCACGCGACACGGCGCGUCCGCCAAUGGCGCGUCCGCCAAUCCCGCGUGCUCCCACCCGCGUGACGCGCUCCACCCCAUUCCAUUCCUCCGCAGCGCACGCGUCGCCGGCGUCCUGGCCGCUCCCUACAACCAUCCGGGGUGGAGCGAGAGGAAAAAGAAAUGUUCGUCACUAAACCCUUAUACCCCGUUAGGAUUGUGCUCUGGUGCUGUACGUCACGUCCGUUGCGCGGUGAUGGCAGAGUGGGCGCGGGGCUGAGCGGUGGUAUGGAGGGAUCUCGGCCUCCCGCCUUCACCACGCAGGUCAGUUUCGUGUGCCAGCGCUGCAGCCAGCCGCUCAAGCUCGACACCUCCUUCAAGAUCCUCGACCGCCUCACCAUCCAGGAGCUCACCGGUAACUGCCGGGGCGGGGCGGUCGGGACCGGGGGAGACCCGGGCCUGGGUGAUACCUCUUCUCCCGCAGCUCCGCUGCUGACUGCUGCCCCAGCCCGGCCCGGGGACGCGCACGAAGAGGAGAGCACCCUGACAGAGGAAACCUUUGCGGAGAACCGGCAGGAUGGCGUGUCCAGGAGGUUCAUCCUGCCAGCCAGAAUGAUGUCAACAGAAAGUGCUAAUAGCUUCAUGCUGAUCGGGGAGGCAUCUGAUGGCGAUACCAUGGAAAACCUCAGCCACAGACUGAAGGUCACUGGGGACCUCUUUGACAUCAUGUCUGGGCAAACGGAUGUGGAUCACCCUCUGUGUGAGGAAUGCACAGACGCUCUGCUAGACCAGCUGGACACACAGCUUAGCAUCACAGAGAACGAGUGCCAGAACUACAAGAGAUGUCUGGAGAUAGUGGAGCAAAUGAAUGAGGAUGAUAAGGAGAAACUGCAAACAGAACUGAAAGAACUUGCACUGGAGGAAGAGCAGCUGAUCCAGGAGCUAGAGGAUGUUGAGAAGAACCGCAAGAUUGUGGCUGAAGACUUUGAGAGAGUCAGGGCAGAGGCCAAGCAACUGGAGCAGGAAGAAGCUCAGUAUCAAAAGGAAUAUUGUGAAUUCAAGAGGCAACAGCUGGAGCUGGAUGAUGAAUUGAAAAGUGUGGACAACCAAAUGCUCUAUGCUCAGAUGCAGCUGGAUAAGUUAAAGAAAACCAACAUAUUCAAUGCAACCUUUCACAUCUGGCACAGUGGUCAGUUUGGGACAAUAAAUAACUUCAGACUUGGCCGUCUCCCCAGCGUUCCUGUAGAAUGGAAUGAAAUCAAUGCUGCCUGGGGGCAGACUGUGCUGCUGCUGCAUGCCCUUGCUAACAAAAUGGGCCUGAAGUUUCAAAGAUACCAUCUGGUGCCAUAUGGCAACCACUCAUAUUUGGAGUCCCUCACAGACAAAUCAAAGGAGCUUCCCUUGUACUGUUCUGGAGGGCUAAGGUUCUUCUGGGACAAUAAGUUUGAUCAUGCAAUGGUGGCUUUCCUGGACUGCAUGCAGCAAUUUAAAGAGGAAGUGGAAAAAGGUGAAACUCGGUUUUGUUUGCCUUAUAGGAUGGAUGUGGAGAAAGGCAAGAUUGAAGAUACAGGUGGCAGUGGUGGCUCUUACUCCAUUAAAAUGCAAUUUAACUCUGAGGAGCAAUGGACAAAAGCACUAAAAUUCAUGUUGACUAACCUAAAGUGGGGUCUUGCCUGGGUCUCAUCCCAAUUUUACAAGUAACCAUACCAAGAACUCAUCCUGGCA